AUGGUCGGCCUACGACACGCAUUCGUUUUCGGCACUCUCCUGCUGGGUGCGCUCAGCUCACCUGCGCACGCCCCGGCAGACGAUCAGUCACUAUACAACUGGGACCUCUUCUCAUCAUUACUGGAUUCCGUCGAUCCCGCCGCACUGCACUCUGUCCUACAUUCGCUAUCGCCCAAGUUCCAGGACGGCGUCUUCAGCAAGGACCGUGCUGCGAUCGAGCACGUUCACUCUGAAAACCCAAUUAUCGCCAGCAAGCUUGUACAUCUGGCGAAGAAGAGGCAGGCCAGCAAUUCAACCACCACGUCAACAGCCACGCCCUCGACUCCUGCUCAAAGCAGUGCUCUAUCAGAAUCAAGCUCUCGCGCCGCUAGCGUGUCCUCCAUCCUCUCCUCCGCUAUUUUCGCAUCUACCGUCCCUGCAGCCACCACCGUGACGGUACCUCCGACCACUCCGCCCUCUGCUACACCUGUCGAGACAGAUAAUGGCGCCGUCGUGUUCAGUACCUUCGGAGGUGGUCUGGUCACCCUCACAUCGUCGGCAUUGAGUGUGCACUUCACUCCUAGCACAUCCACCCAUCUAUUCUACACAACUUUGCCUGAUGGGUCUGUACGCACGUCGACGUCAGUCGUGGUGGUCAAUGCUCCAGUGACGGACACCGGUGACGCAACGGGAGCAGCAGGUGCCGCCGCUACCACGGGGAGCGACCCCGGACUGCAGAAUGUCGGUUCCUCGUUGAAACUUGGAGGUCUCGUCGCCGUGUUCGCUGGUCUAGGAGGCUGUCUCUUUCUGGCCUUAUAA